AGCAACAUCAGUCUCCAUCCUGCUGUUCCUCUGGUGACUCUGGUUAACUUGAAUUUGCAACAAGAUGCCUAAACUCCUGCAAGGUAUUGUCACUGUUAUUGAAGUUUUCUACCAAUAUGCCACUGAAGAUGAGAACUGUGACAUGCUGAACAAAAAAGAAAUGAAAGAACUUCUAGAAAAUGAGUUUCACCAAAUUCUGAAGAAUCCAGAUGAUCCAGACACUGUAGAUAUCAUCAUGCAAAGUCUGGACAGAGAUCAUAACAACAAAGUGGAUUUCACUGAGUAUCUUCUGAUGAUAGUCAAGCUCACACAGGCUUGUAAUAAAAUUAUUGGCAAAGAUUACUGCCAAGCUUCAGGGUCAAAGCAGAAAAAUCACAGUCACCAGGACCAAAAGGAACAGAGUGAAGGAGAAAAAGAUGACAAAGAACAAGAUGCCUCUUCAAGUUUUUCAAGUUCGAGUGCAGGAGAGACUAAUACUUAUUCCAGGGGCUCAAGAAUAAGCAAUAAACACAACUCUAAGUCAAGUUCUGGAAAAUUGAAGGAAGGGAAUCCACAAAUUUCUGAACAAGAGAAAAGAUCAAAUUCAACUCACAUGAAAAACACUGAAAAAUACACAAAAGAAGAUUACAGAUCAGGAUCAAAAAGCCACAGCAGAAGAUCUAGCUCAAGUAAAGACAGGGGCAACCAACAAACUACACAUAAAUCAAGAGAAUCUCCUUGUUCCAGGAGACAAGGAUCUGGACAACAUCAGAGUUCUGGUAAUGGAAAAUAUGAGUUUUCAUCAGAAGAAUUAUCAGGCUGCGGAUCAGGACAGUCUACCAGCACUGGACAGCAUGGCUCAGCAUCUGGUCAGUCUACCAAUUAUGGAAACCACAAUACAGGAUCAUGCCAGUCUUCUACACAGAAGAGAAAUGGCUCUGAGUCAAGAAACUCUUUUGGAACCAGUGAAAACAAUUCUGCAAGAAGUCAUUCUUAUGGCUCCAGUACACAACAAUCUGGGAAAGGUCAGUCAUCUGGCAGUGUACAACAUGGCACUUCAUCAGCACAGUCAGCGGGCUUGGGCUCAGGUCAGUCCUAUGGUAAGCCUGAAUCAGCAUCAAGAGAGUCAUCAAGACACAGCAGGACUGGGUCUAGCUCAAGGGAGUUUUCUGGCUCCCAACAGUAUGAGUCUGGAUCAAGAGAGGCAUCAGGGCAAGGGCAGUCGUCUGGAAGAGGGCAACAGGGUUGCAUCUCGGGACAGUCAGCAGGGAGGAAUGAGCAUGGAUCUUCUUGUGGUCAGGCCACUAGCCAUAGGGAGCAUGGCUCUGGCUUAGGCUCUGGCUCUGGCUGUGGACAGUCUACCAGCUAUGAAACACAAAACUCAGGGUCAGGACAGUCUUCUAGCCAGAGGAGUAGUGGCACUAGGGGAGAAUAUGGUUAUUCAUCGGGCCACGCUUCUGGCUCCACACGGCAAGGUCAGUCAUCUGGUAGUGUACAACAUGGUACUUCAUCAGGACAGUCAUCAGGAAGCAGCUCAGGUCAGUCCACUACUUAUGGCCAGCAUAGAUCAGGAUACAGAGAGUCUUCAAGCCAGAGAAGGACAAGGUCUAGCUCAAGGGAGUCUUCUGGCUCCCAACAAUAUGGGUCCGAAUCUGGAGGGGCAUCUGGGCGAGGCCAGGCUUCUGGGAGAGGGCAACAGGGUUCCAUCUCUGGACAGUCAGCUGGGAGGCAUCAGCAUGGAUCUUCCUGUGGUCACUCCACUAGCUAUGGGGAGCAUGGCUCUGGCUCUGGCUCUGGGCAGUCUGCCAGUUAUGGAACACAAAACUCAGGGUCACGACAGUCUUCUAGCCAGAGGAGAAGUGGUUCUGGAUCAGGGAAAUCUUCCACUCUAGGAGAAUAUGGUUCUUCAUCGGGCCAUGCUUCUGGCUCCACACGGCAAGGUCAGUCAUCUGGUAGUGUACAACAUGGUACUUCAUCAGGACAGUCAUCAGGAAGCAGCUCAGGUCAGUCCACUACUUAUGGCCAGCAUAGAUCAGGAUCCAGAGAGUCUUCAAGCCAGAGAAGGACAAGGUCUAGCUCAAGGGAGUCUUCUGGCUCCCAACAAUAUGGGUCCGAAUCUGGAGGGGCAUCUGGGCGAGGCCAGGCUUCUGGGAGAGGGCAACAGGGUUCCAUCUCUGGACAGUCAGCUGGGAGGCAUCAGCAUGGAUCUUCCUGUGGUCACUCCACUAGCUAUGGGGAGCAUGGCUCUGGCUCUGGCUCUGGGCAGUCUGCCAGUUAUGGAACACAAAACUCAGGGUCACGACAGUCUUCUAGCCAGAGGAGAAGUGGUUCUGGAUCAGGGAAAUCUUCCACUCUAGGAGAAUAUGGUUCUUCAUCGGGCCACGCUUCUAGCUCCACACGGCAAGGUCAGUCAUCUGGUAGUGUACAACAUGGUACUUCAUCAGGACAGUCAUCAGGAAGCAGCACAGGUCAGUCCACUACUUAUGGCCAGCAUAGAUCAGGAUCCAGAGAGUCUUCAAGCCAGAGAAGGACAAGGUCUAGCUCAAGGGAGUCUUCUGGCUCCCAACAAUACGGGUCCGAAUCUGGAGGGGCAUCUGGGCGAGGCCAGGCUUCUGGGAGAGGGCAACAGGGUUCCAUCUCUGGACAGUCAGCUGGGAGGCAUCAGCAUGGAUCUUCCUGUGGUCACUCCACUAGCUAUGGGGAGCAUGGCUCUGGCUCUGGCUCUGGGCAGUCUGCCAGUUAUGGAACACAAAACUCAGGGUCACGACAGUCGUCUAGCCAGAGGAGAAGUGGUUCUGGAUCAGGGAAAUCUUCCACUCUAGGAGAAUAUGGUUCUUCAUCGGGCCACGCUUCUAGCUCCACACGGCAAGGGCAGUCAUCUGGUAGUGUACAACAUGGUACUUCAUCAGGACAGUCAUCAGGAAGCAGCUCAGGUCAGUCCACUACUUAUGGCCAGCAUAGAUCAGGAUCCAGACAGUCUUCAAGCCAGAAAAGGACAAGGUCUAGCUCAAGGGAGUCUUCUGGAUCCCAACAAUACGGGUCUGGAUCAGGAGAGGCUUCUGGCUUUAGUCAACAGGGAUCUGGACACAGCCAGUAUUCUGGAAGAGGGCAACAGGGUUCGAUCUCUGGACAGUCAGAGGGGAGGCAUCAGAGUGGAUCUUGCUGUGGUCAGUCCUCUAGCUAUGGGGAGCAUGGCUCUGGCUCUGGGGAAUCUCCCAGCUAUGGAGCACACAACUCAGGGUCAGGACUGUCUUCUAGCCAGAGGAGUAGUGGCACUAGAUCCAGACAGUCUUCUGGUAGAGGAGAAUAUGGUUCUUCAUCGGGCCACGCUUCUGGCUCCACACGGCAAGGUCAGUCAUCUGGUAGUGUACAACAUGGUACUUCAUCAGGACAGUCAUCAGGAAGCAGCUCAGGUCAGUCCACUACUUAUGGCCAGCAUAGAUCAGGAUCCAGAGAGUCUUCAAGCCAGAGAAGGACAAGGUCUAGCUCAAGGGAGUCUUCUGGCUCCCAACAAUACGGGUCCGAAUCUGGAGGGGCAUCUGGGCGAGGCCAGGCUUCUGGGAGAGGGCAACAGGGUUCCAUCUCUGGACAGUCAGCUGGGAGGCAUCAGCAUGGAUCUUCCUGUGGUCACUCCACUAGCUAUGGGGAGCAUGGCUCUGGCUCUGGCUCUGGACAGUCUGCCAGUUAUGGAACACAAAACUCAGGGUCACGACAGUCUUCUAGCCAGAGGAGAAGUGGUUCUGGAUCAGGGAAAUCUUCCACUCUAGGAGAAUAUGGUUCUUCAUCGGGCCAUGCUUCUAGCUCCACCCGGCAAGGGCAGUCAUCUGGUAGUGUACAACAUGGUACUUCAUCAGGACAGUCAUCAGGAAGCAGCUCAGGUCAGUCCACUACUUAUGGCCAGCAUAGAUCAGGAUCCAGAGAGUCUUCAAGCCAGAGAAGGACAAGGUCUAGCUCAAGGGAGUCUUCUGGCUCCCAACAAUACGGGUCUGGAUCAGGAGAGGCUUCUGGCUUUAGUCAACAGGGAUCUGGACACAGCCAGUCGUCUGGAAGAGGGCAACAGGGUUCAAUCUCUGGACAGUCAGAGGGGAGGCAUCAGAGUGGAUCUUGCUGUGGUCAGUCCUCUAGCUAUGGGGAGCAUGGCUCUGGCUCUGGGCAAUCUCCCAGCUAUGGAACACACAACUCAGGGUCAGGACUGUCUUCUAGCCAGAGGAGUAGUGGCACUAGAUCCAGACAGUCUUCUGGUAGAGGAGAAUAUGGUUCUUCAUCGGGCCAUGCUUCUGGCUCCACACGGCAAGGUCAGUCAUCUGGUAGUGUACAACAUGGUACUUCAUCAGGACAGUCAUCAGGAAGCAGCUCAGGUCAGUCCACUACUUAUGGCCAGCAUAGAUCAGGAUCCAGAGAGUCUUCAAGCCAGAGAAGGACAAGGUCUAGCUCAAGGGAGUCUUCUGGCUCCCAACAAUAUGGGUCAGAAUCAGGAGGGGCAUCUGGGCGAGGCCAGGCUUCUGGGAGAGGGCAACAGGGUUCCAUCUCUGGACAGUCAGCUGGGAGGCAUCAGCAUGGAUCUUCCUGUGGUCACUCCACUAGCUAUGGGGAGCAUGGCUCUGGCUCUGGCUCUGGGCAGUCUGCCAGUUAUGGAACACAAAACUCAGGGUCAGGACUGUCUUCUAGCCAGAGGAGAAGUGGUUCUGGAUCAGGGAAAUCUUCCACUCUAGGAGAAUAUGGUUCUUCAUCGGGCCAUGCUUCUAGCUCCACACGGCAAGGGCAGUCAUCUGGUAGUGUACAACAUGGUACUUCAUCAGGACAGUCAUCAGGAAGCAGCUCAGGUCAGUCCACUACUUAUGGCCAGCAUAGAUCAGGAUCCAGAGAGUCUUCAAGCCAGAGAAGGACAAGGUCUAGCUCAAGGGAGUCUUCUGGAUCCCUGCAAUAUGGGUCUGGAUCAGGAGAGGCUUCUGGCUUUAGUCAACAGGGAUCUGGACACAGCCAGUAUUCUGGAAGAGGGCAACAGGGUUCGAUCUCUGGACAGUCAGAGGGGAGGCAUCAGAGUGGAUCUUGCUGUGGUCAGUCCUCUAGCUAUGGGGAGCAUGGCUCUAGCUCUGGGGAAUCUCCCAGCUAUGGAGCACACAACUCAGGGUCAGGACUGUCUUCUAGCCAGAGGAGUAGUGGCACUAGAUCCAGACAGUCUUCUGGUAGAGGAGAAUAUGGUUCUUCAUCGGGCCACGCUUCUGGCUCCACACGGCAAGGUCAGUCAUCUGGUAGUGUACAACAUGGUACUUCAUCAGGACAGUCAUCAGGAAGCAGCUCAGGUCAGUCCACUACUUAUGGCCAGCAUAGAUCAGGAUCCAGAGAGUCUUCAAGCCAGAGAAGGACAAGGUCUAGCUCAAGGGAGUCUUCUGGCUCCCAACAAUAUGGGUCAGAAUCAGGAGGGGCAUCUGGGCGAGGCCAGGCUUCUGGGAGAGGGCAACAGGGUUCCAUCUCUGGACAGUCAGCUGGGAGGCAUCAGCAUGGAUCUUCCUGUGGUCACUCCACUAGCUAUGGGGAGCAUGGCUCUGGCUCUGGCUCUGGGCAGUCUGCCAGUUAUGGAACACAAAACUCAGGGUCAGGACUGUCUUCUAGCCAGAGGAGAAGUGGUUCUGGAUCAGGGAAAUCUUCCACUCUAGGAGAAUAUGGUUCUUCAUCGGGCCAUGCUUCUAGCUCCACACGGCAAGGGCAGUCAUCUGGUAGUGUACAACAUGGUACUUCAUCAGGACAGUCAUCAGGAAGCAGCUCAGGUCAGUCCACUACUUAUGGCCAGCAUAGAUCAGGAUCCAGAGAGUCUUCAAGCCAGAGAAGGACAAGGUCUAGCUCAAGGGAGUCUUCUGGAUCCCUGCAAUAUGGGUCUGGAUCAGGAGAGGCUUCUGGCUUUAGUCAACAGGGAUCUGGACACAGCCAGUAUUCUGGAAGAGGGCAACAGGGUUCGAUCUCUGGACAGUCAGAGGGGAGGCAUCAGAGUGGAUCUUGCUGUGGUCAGUCCUCUAGCUAUGGGGAGCAUGGCUCUAGCUCUGGGGAAUCUCCCAGCUAUGGAGCACACAACUCAGGGUCAGGACUGUCUUCUAGCCAGAGGAGUAGUGGCACUAGAUCCAGACAGUCUUCUGGUAGAGGAGAAUAUGGUUCUUCAUCGGGCCACGCUUCUGGCUCCACACGGCAAGGUCAGUCAUCUGGUAGUGUACAACAUGGUACUUCAUCAGGACAGUCAUCAGGAAGCAGCUCAGGUCAGUCCACUACUUAUGGCCAGCAUAGAUCAGGAUCCAGAGAGUCUUCAAGCCAGAGAAGGACAAGGUCUAGCUCAAGGGAGUCUUCUGGCUCCCAACAAUACGGGUCCGAAUCUGGAGGGGCAUCUGGGCGAGGCCAGGCUUCUGGGAGAGGGCAACAGGGUUCCAUCUCUGGACAGUCAGCUGGGAGGCAUCAGCAUGGAUCUUCCUGUGGUCACUCCACUAGCUAUGGGGAGCAUGGCUCUGGCUCUGGCUCUGGGCAGUCUGCCAGUUAUGGAACACAAAACUCAGGGUCACGACAGUCUUCUAGCCAGAGGAGAAGUGGUUCUGGAUCAGGGAAAUCUUCCACUCUAGGAGAAUAUGGUUCUUCAUCGGGCCAUGCUUCUAGCUCCACCCGGCAAGGGCAGUCAUCUGGUAGUGUACAACAUGGUACUUCAUCAGGACAGUCAUCAGGAAGCAGCUCAGGGCAGUCCACUACUUAUGGCCAGCAUAGAUCAGGAUCCAGAGAGUCUUCAAGCCAGAGAAGGACAAGGUCUAGCUCAAGGGAGUCUUCUGGCUCCCAACAAUAUGGGUCAGAAUCAGGAGGGGCAUCUGGGCGAGGCCAGGCUUCUGGGAGAGGGCAACAGGGUUCCAUCUCUGGACAGUCAGCUGGGAGGCAUCAGCAUGGAUCUUCCUGUGGUCACUCCACUAGCUAUGGGGAGCAUGGCUCUGGCUCUGGCUCUGGGCAGUCUGCCAGUUAUGGAACACAAAACUCAGGGUCAGGACUGUCUUCUAGCCAGAGGAGAAGUGGUUCUGGAUCAGGGAAAUCUUCCACUCUAGGAGAAUAUGGUUCUUCAUCGGGCCAUGCUUCUAGCUCCACACGGCAAGGGCAGUCAUCUGGUAGUGUACAACAUGGUACUUCAUCAGGACAGUCAUCAGGAAGCAGCUCAGGUCAGUCCACUACUUAUGGCCAGCAUAGAUCAGGAUCCAGAGAGUCUUCAAGCCAGAGAAGGACAAGGUCUAGCUCAAGGGAGUCUUCUGGAUCCCUGCAAUAUGGGUCUGGAUCAGGAGAGGCUUCUGGCUUUAGUCAACAGGGAUCUGGACACAGCCAGUAUUCUGGAAGAGGGCAACAGGGUUCGAUCUCUGGACAGUCAGAGGGGAGGCAUCAGAGUGGAUCUUGCUGUGGUCAGUCCUCUAGCUAUGGGGAGCAUGGCUCUAGCUCUGGGGAAUCUCCCAGCUAUGGAGCACACAACUCAGGGUCAGGACUGUCUUCUAGCCAGAGGAGUAGUGGCACUAGAUCCAGACAGUCUUCUGGUAGAGGAGAAUAUGGUUCUUCAUCGGGCCACGCUUCUGGCUCCACACGGCAAGGUCAGUCAUCUGGUAGUGUACAACAUGGUACUUCAUCAGGACAGUCAUCAGGAAGCAGCUCAGGUCAGUCCACUACUUAUGGCCAGCAUAGAUCAGGAUCCAGAGAGUCUUCAAGCCAGAGAAGGACAAGGUCUAGCUCAAGGGAGUCUUCUGGCUCCCAACAAUACGGGUCCGAAUCUGGAGGGGCAUCUGGGCGAGGCCAGGCUUCUGGGAGAGGGCAACAGGGUUCCAUCUCUGGACAGUCAGCUGGGAGGCAUCAGCAUGGAUCUUCCUGUGGUCACUCCACUAGCUAUGGGGAGCAUGGCUCUGGCUCUGGCUCUGGGCAGUCUGCCAGUUAUGGAACACAAAACUCAGGGUCACGACAGUCUUCUAGCCAGAGGAGAAGUGGUUCUGGAUCAGGGAAAUCUUCCACUCUAGGAGAAUAUGGUUCUUCAUCGGGCCAUGCUUCUAGCUCCACCCGGCAAGGGCAGUCAUCUGGUAGUGUACAACAUGGUACUUCAUCAGGACAGUCAUCAGGAAGCAGCUCAGGUCAGUCCACUACUUAUGGCCAGCAUAGAUCAGGAUCCAGAGAGUCUUCAAGCCAGAGAAGGACAAGGUCUAGCUCAAGGGAGUCUUCUGGCUCCCAACAAUAUGGGUCAGAAUCAGGAGGGGCAUCUGGGCGAGGCCAGGCUUCUGGGAGAGGGCAACAGGGUUCCAUCUCUGGACAGUCAGCUGGGAGGCAUCAGCAUGGAUCUUCCUGUGGUCACUCCACUAGCUAUGGGGAGCAUGGCUCUGGCUCUGGCUCUGGGCAGUCUGCCAGUUAUGGAACACAAAACUCAGGGUCAGGACUGUCUUCUAGCCAGAGGAGAAGUGGUUCUGGAUCAGGGAAAUCUUCCACUCUAGGAGAAUAUGGUUCUUCAUCGGGCCAUGCUUCUAGCUCCACACGGCAAGGGCAGUCAUCUGGUAGUGUACAACAUGGUACUUCAUCAGGACAGUCAUCAGGAAGCAGCUCAGGUCAGUCCACUACUUAUGGCCAGCAUAGAUCAGGAUCCAGAGAGUCUUCAAGCCAGAGAAGGACAAGGUCUAGCUCAAGGGAGUCUUCUGGAUCCCUGCAAUAUGGGUCUGGAUCAGGAGAGGCUUCUGGCUUUAGUCAACAGGGAUCUGGACACAGCCAGUAUUCUGGAAGAGGGCAACAGGGUUCGAUCUCUGGACAGUCAGAGGGGAGGCAUCAGAGUGGAUCUUGCUGUGGUCAGUCCUCUAGCUAUGGGGAGCAUGGCUCUAGCUCUGGGGAAUCUCCCAGCUAUGGAGCACACAACUCAGGGUCAGGACUGUCUUCUAGCCAGAGGAGUAGUGGCACUAGAUCCAGACAGUCUUCUGGUAGAGGAGAAUAUGGUUCUUCAUCGGGCCACGCUUCUGGCUCCACACGGCAAGGUCAGUCAUCUGGUAGUGUACAACAUGGUACUUCAUCAGGACAGUCAUCAGGAAGCAGCUCAGGUCAGUCCACUACUUAUGGCCAGCAUAGAUCAGGAUCCAGAGAGUCUUCAAGCCAGAGAAGGACAAGGUCUAGCUCAAGGGAGUCUUCUGGCUCCCAACAAUACGGGUCCGAAUCUGGAGGGGCAUCUGGGCGAGGCCAGGCUUCUGGGAGAGGGCAACAGGGUUCCAUCUCUGGACAGUCAGCUGGGAGGCAUCAGCAUGGAUCUUCCUGUGGUCACUCCACUAGCUAUGGGGAGCAUGGCUCUGGCUCUGGCUCUGGGCAGUCUGCCAGUUAUGGAACACAAAACUCAGGGUCACGACAGUCUUCUAGCCAGAGGAGAAGUGGUUCUGGAUCAGGGAAAUCUUCCACUCUAGGAGAAUAUGGUUCUUCAUCGGGCCAUGCUUCUAGCUCCACCCAGCAAGGGCAGUCAUCUGGUAGUGUACAACAUGGUACUUCAUCAGGACAGUCAUCAGGAAGCAGCUCAGGUCAGUCCACUACUUAUGGCCAGCAUGGAUCAGGAUCCAGAGAGUCUUCAAGCCAGAGAAGGACAAGGUCUAGCUCAAGGGAGUCUUCUGGAUCCCUGCAAUAUGGGUCUGGAUCAGGAGAGGCUUCUGGCUUUAGUCAACACGGAUUUGGACACAGCCAGUCGUCUGGAAGAGGGCAACAGGGUUCAAUCUCUGGACAGUCAGAGGGGAGGCAUCAGAGUGGAUCUUGCUGUGGUCAGUCCUCUAGCUAUGGGGAGCAUGGCUCUGGCUCUGGGCAAUCUCCCAGCUAUGGAACACACAACUCAGGGUCAGGACUGUCUUCUAGCCAGAGGAGUAGUGGCACUAGAUCCAGACAGUCUUCUGGUAGAGGAGAAUAUGGUUCUUCAUCGGGCCACGCUUCUGGCUCCACACGGCAAGGUCAGUCAUCUGGUAGUGUACAACAUGGUACUUCAUCAGGACAGUCAUCAGGAAGCAGCUCAGGUCAGUCCACUACUUAUGGCCAGCAUAGAUCAGGAUCCAGAGAGUCUUCAAGCCAGAGAAGGACAAGGUCUAGCUCAAGGGAGUCUUCUGGCUCCCAACAAUACGGGUCCGAAUCUGGAGGGGCAUCUGGGCGAGGCCAGGCUUCUGGGAGAGGGCAACAGGGUUCCAUCUCUGGACAGUCAGCUGGGAGGCAUCAGCAUGGAUCUUCCUGUGGUCACUCCACUAGCUAUGGGGAGCAUGGCUCUGGCUCUGGCUCUGGACAGUCUGCCAGUUAUGGAACACAAAACUCAGGGUCACGACAGUCUUCUAGCCAGAGGAGAAGUGGUUCUGGAUCAGGGAAAUCUUCCACUCUAGGAGAAUAUGGUUCUUCAUCGGGCCAUGCUUCUAGCUCCACACGGCAAGGGCAGUCAUCUGGUAGUGUACAACAUGGUACUUCAUCAGGACAGUCAUCAGGAAGCAGCUCAGGUCAGUCCACUACUUAUGGCCAGCAUAGAUCAGGAUCCAGAGAGUCUUCAAGCCAGAGAAGGACAAGGUCUAGCUCAAGGGAGUCUUCUGGAUCCCUGCAAUAUGGGUCUGGAUCAGGAGAGGCUUCUGGCUUUAGUCAACACGGAUUUGGACACAGCCAGUCGUCUGGAAGAGGGCAACAGGGUUCGAUCUCUGGACAGUCAGAGGGGAGGCAUCAGAGUGGAUCUUGCUGUGGUCAGUCCUCUAGCUAUGGGGAGCAUGGCUCUGGCUCUGGGCAAUCUCCCAGCUAUGGAACACACAACUCAGGGUCAGGACUGUCUUCUAGCCAGAGGAGUAGUGGCACUAGAUCCAGACAGUCUUCUGGUAGAGGAGAAUAUGGUUCUUCAUCGGGCCACGCUUCUGGCUCCACACGGCAAGGUCAGUCAUCUGGUAGUGUACAACAUGGUACUUCAUCAGGACAGUCAUCAGGAAGCAGCUUAGGUCAGUCCACUACUUAUGGCCAGCAUAGAUCAGGAUCCAGAGAGUCUUCAAGCCAGAGAAGGACAAGGUCUAGCUCAAGGGAGUCUUCUGGCUCCCAACAAUACGGGUCCGAAUCAGGAGGGGCAUCUGGGCGAGGCCAGGCUUCUGGGAGAGGGCAACAGGGUUCCAUCUCUGGACAGUCAGCUGGGAGGCAUCAGCAUGGAUCUUCCUGUGGUCACUCCACUAGCUAUGGGGAGCAUGGCUCUGGCUCUGGCUCUGGGCAGUCUGCCAGUUAUGGAACACAAAACUCAGGGUCACGACAGUCUUCUAGCCAGAGGAGAAGUGGUUCUGGAUCAGGGAAAUCUUCCACUCUAGGAGAAUAUGGUUCUUCAUCGGGCCAUGCUUCUAGCUCCACAUGGCAAGGGCAGUCAUCUGGUAGUGUACAACAUGGUACUUCAUCAGGACAGUCAUCAGGAAGCAGCUCAGGUCAGUCCACUACUUAUGGCCAGCAUGGAUCAGGAUCCAGAGAGUCUUCAAGCCAGAGAAGGACAAGGUCUAGCUCAAGGGAGUCUUCUGGCUCCCAACAAUAUGGGUCAGAAUCAGGAGGGGCAUCUGGGCGAGGCCAGGCUUCUGGGAGAGGGCAACAGGGUUCCAUCUCUGGACAGUCAGCUGGGAGGCAUAAGCAUGGAUCUUCCUGUAGUCCCUCCACCAGCUAUGGGGAGCAUGGCUCUGGCUCUUGCUCUGGGCAGUCUGCCAGAUAUGGAACACAAAACUCAGGGUCAGGACAUUCUUCUAGCCAGAGGAGAAGUGGUUCUGGAUCAGGGAAAUCUUCCACCCUAGGAGAAUAUGGUUCUUCAUCGGGCCAUGCUUCUAGCUCCACACAGCAAGGUCAGUCAUCUGGUAGUGUACACCAUGGCACUUCAUUAGGACAGCCUUCAGGAUGGAGCUCAGGUCAGUCUACUACUUAUGGCCAGCAUAGUUCAGGAUCCAGAGAGUCGUCAAGCCAGAGAAGGACAAGGUCCAGCUCAAGGGAGUCUUCUGGAUCCCUACAAUAUGGGUCUGGAUCAGAAGAAGCUUCUCGCUGUAGUCAACAGGGAGCUGGACACAGCCAUUGUUCUGGAACAGGGCAGCAGGGUUCCUACUCUGGAAUGUCAUCAGGGUGGCACUCAGGUCAUGCCACUCCCUAUGGCCAUAAUGGAUCAGAAUCAAGAGAGUCUUCAAGCCAGGGUAGGGCUAGGUCUAGCUCAAGGGAAUCUUCUGGCUCAGAACAUUAUGGGUCUGUAUCAGGAGGGGUAUCUGGGUGUAGUCAACAGGGAUUUGGUCAAUGCCAGUCUUCUGGUAGUGAACAACUGGGUUCCUUUCCCCACCAAUCAUCUUCCUAUAAUCAGUAUGCAUCUGGCAGUAGUCAAUCAUCUUGUAUAGGACAACCUUAUUCGUCAUCCAGACAACCACCAAAUUCUAGGCCUUUUCAAUACAACUCAGGUCAGUCACCUAACUGUAAUCAGCAUGAAUCUAAUUCCUGGCAGUCUUCUAGCUGUGACCAUCAAAGGUCUGGAUUAUAUCAGCCAUCUUACAGUAGUAAUCAUCAGUCUACCUAUGGUGAGUCUUCCCAGUUUGGUCAGAGUGUGUCUGGCUCAGGAGAGUAUUCUAGCUGUGAUAACCAAGUGUCUAGUUCAGGUCAGUCUACUUACAGCCAACAUCAUUCCCACAUAAAUCAGUCUCCUGACUAUGGACAGUAUAGUCCACUAGCAGAUCAGUCAUACCAUCAUGGUCAGUGUGGAUCUAAUUCAAACCAGUCUUUCUGCAGUGGUCAACAAGUGUCUGGUUCAAGUCAGUCUUCUAACUAUGGCCAAUAUGAAUGCCCCUUGAGUCAUUAUACUAGCCAGAGCCAAUAUGGUGCUGGGUGUAGUCAGGGUUUUAGCUCUGAACAAUAUGGGUCUGGUUCCUAUCCCUCUUCUAUGUGUAGACAAACUUGUCCCAGGUCUGGUCCAUGUCCUAGUUUACAACAAUAUGGUUCUGAUUCAUGUCACACAUUUAGCUCUGGAUCAUGUGGUUCUGGAUAUGACCAAUAUUCUAGUUAUAAGCAAAGUCAAUCAAAUCAGAGAUGUGGAAACCAAUGGGAAUCUAGCUGUAGCCCCUCAACUUGUAAUAAAAAUCAAUCAGUAAGUGUGCAUAGGCAAGUAGAAACCUCCUCAGGUUUUAAUUUUGGACAAUUUACACCUUCACAUGGACACAGUAGAUUCAAUACUACUGGUCAACUGUCACGGUACAAUGUGGACAAUAGAGAAGUUGACUCUGACUAUAAGAGAGUCAGGGACGGUAACUCUGGAAUGAGAAAUAUAGGCUUAGAUUCUGUCAGUAGUAGCACUCCACUCUAUGAGUAUGUCCAGGAGCAGAGACGCUAAUUCUCAGAGUAAGUAAGGGACUGAGGUAAAAGUAACUUAAAAGUUAAUUUAAGAAAUAAGUUGUUGUAGAACUUUUUCUCAAUCUGGACACACAUGCUCUCAUUCUUUUAAAAUGAAAAUUAGCCUAUAUUCCUUGUUACUGAGUUCUUCCCAAAUAAUGCAUGAUAUUUGAAAUACCUAAUUAGGAUCUAUUUCAGUUGCUGAAUGCCUAAUUUAGGGAAAUUAAGUUUUGAAGAAUUGGGUGUUUAGUGGGAUUAAGUUUGGAAGAAUAGUUUAAAGAGUAUGGUGUUUGGUUAAGGACUCUAUCUAAAAGAUUAUUAUUUAAUGAGGAAUGAUGCUAAAGCUAAGCUUGUAGUGUUAAAGGGUAAUAUAGUAUAAAUAUGCUCUCAUUCCAGCUGCCAAGGCUUUAUCUUACAUCAACACACAAUCUAAUUCUUAAUGUACAUUACAUUAGAUGGCAAGAGAAAGAGGAGGAAAAAGGAUAGGGUAUUGAUUUCUAUUUACCCAAAUCAACAAGAAACUUCUUUGGUACAUUUUAAAUCAGUAAGUGAACAAGUGUAAUUAAAUUUUUGCUUCAGAUGCUUCUCUCUAGCCACUGGAAAAGAGGUGCACGACCGAAGAAUCCAAAUGUGGGCCUUAACUUUAUUUCAUCAACAAAGAUCAUUGCUUCCAUUUGUAUGAAAUUUCAGAUAAGAAAACUUUAGAUAUAUCACAGCAUGGAAAUACUGGUCCUCCUAUGUAGAGAUAUCAUAACCAGAUGGAAAGGAAGCUUGCCAUUGUUACAUAGUUCUUUGUUUCACUGUAACAUAUCUGUUUUAAGUCUUUGGAUUUGAUUAACUUGAUUGCAUUAUACUGACAAUAAAUUAGUGGUGACUAAA